AUGACGGCACAGGAUACAGGCAUUCUGUUACGAGUCACAGAACAGCUGAAAGAGGCGAAGGAUCUUGCGGAUGACUGGACGGGGAAAACGGAUGCGAAGGAACGACGCAAAAUACAGAACCGUUUACAUCAAAGGGCCUGGCGACGACGUAAGGCUGCUACGCAGCCUUCGGCCACUUCAAGUGGACGGGAAUGGCAUCAAGUAACUGAUAAUGCCAGUCCUAAAGCAUGUGAGCCCAAUGCGGUAUCUGAGGCGCUUGCGCAAGCUACCACGGCUUUUAUACCUCAGCCAAGCGCAUGCCCAGCUACCGCCGUCGGCCCAACGCUUAUUCCAUCCAAAAAGCCAGUCCAGAGAAUACCGCUUUCUAUCCACGAACUCAUGAGCGUAAAUCUAGCUGAAAGCUCCUCCCCAAUGCCUCCCACAAACAAACAGCACCCCCCUCUCAUUCACCCCGUGAUCCCCUACCUUAAACCGCUUGGCUGCCUCACCCAAUCCGACAUUCCACCCUUCCGCUUUCCCCUCUCCCCAGACCACUACCUAAUAACCCUAAUCCAAUACAACGUUCUCCGAGCGUCAAUAACCAACCAUGCCAUCGUCUCCAUCAUGCACACCAUCCCCGCAGAAUGCCGCGCGGCUUUAACCAUCCAACUCCUCCCGCGCCCAACCACCCUCCCACCAUCCCUCCUUCCAACGCCACUGCAAAAAUCCACCAUCCAUGCGCCGUGGAUCGACGCUGUACCCAGCCCCCCGCUGAGAGAUAACUUGAUCCAGCACUACGGGACUUGGGAUGUUGACGACUGGUGUGAGGAUGUUAUGGGGGGUUUGUAUGAGGGGUUUGACGAUUGUAAGCAACGGGGGAUGCUGGUUUGGGGUGAUCCCUGGAGGGAAGAGAGCUGGGAGUUUAGUGAGGGGUUUGUGGAGAAGUGGGGAUGGAUGUUGAAGGGGUGUCGGGAGUUAGUUGAGGCGACGAAUCGAUGGAGGGAGAGUAGGGGGGAGGAGAGAUUGGUUGUUGAGGUAUGA